GUUCUCUCACAGAUCGAACGUCAGUUAUGGUUGGAUAAAUCGAGACAAACCAAGAAGUUCCCCCCCGAUAUAUUCUCUUGUUACGUCGCAACGUUGCGCGUUGAUUCUCUAAACAUUUUGAGUUCAUUACACUUGUCUAUUUUUCAGUUCUAAGGUGCUGCUGUGUCCCGCAGAAAACCAGGCACCCGGGCUCUCGCGAGGCACAAGGUUGUGCAAUACUACCUCUCAAAGAAAGACCACAUUCUGGACCUGUGUUGUUGAAGGCCGCACACAGUGGUGCGCGUCCUUGCCGCAUCCAAGGAGUCAUGGCCCAAUUCAGUCAGUGGGCGCUGCAGUAUGUUCUCUCUGAUGAUGAGCCCGCCCAGCUCGAAAUCACUCAGAAGGCAGCAAGAGAAAUCGAAGCCUCUCGCGCCAGCAGCACAGUAGUGGGAAAUUGGGCCGCCUCGGUUCAGCAAUGGAUGACCCCGGGGUUUGCUAGAGACGACGAUCAGGUGGAGGAUGGAGAUGAGGGAGUUAGCGGUGAUAUUAUUGCUCGUGCCAAAGCGCUGAGCUUCCUCGCGGACACCUUGGAGACUCUGGACCGUAACACGCUGAAGUCAGAUCAAGUUCUUCGGCUUAUUGGUUUCUUCGGCGCCAUGUUCUCCUACGACCACAAGGCAGGCAUCACAGCAUCAGCAAAGGCUCUGCGGCAGCUAUGUGCCAUGAAAAGCUUCAAGCCGGACAUGGGCGUCAGAGUUAUUGACGACGUGUGCAAAAUCAGGGAGGACUUUCGUUUGCAGACCGCGGCUACUAGGCUAGAGAUCUACGAGCUCCUUCUCGCUCUGAUCCAAGAUCCCUCCGUAAGCAGCGAGCUACAGCACAAGUAUGGCGCUUCUUGUGGUUUUGCUGUCGAGCUCCUUCAGCUAUGCCAACAUGAAAGAGACCCGAGAAACCUCAUGAUUUGGUUCAAGAUUCUUGCGAUACUAGUCAAGGACUAUGAUCCAUCCCCCGAGGUGACUGAGGAGAUCUUCAAGGCUUUCUCCGCCUACUUCCCUAUAUCAUUGCGAAGCUCUACUACCCCUAUUGGCAUCACCGCUGAGGACCUCAAAGAAGCCGUUCGGGGCUGUUUUGCAUCACAUCACCGCCUUGCCACUUUUACCUUCCCCUUCCUCAUCUCAAAACUCGAUCAAGGAGACGCUGUCACAGUUGCUGUCAAGGUUGACAUUCUCAAAACAAUCAAGGCGUGCAUCGAAGAGUACGAAAACCCCCAGGCGAGCAUUGUCCCUCACACUGAGAAGAUAUGGAACUCUCUCAAAUACGAGGUGCGGAAUGGCGAAGUGAAGGAAACCAUUGAUGCUACACUGGAAGUGUUGCGAGCCAUCUCCAGGAAGCUCGACGGCACAAAGACACACAAACUCGACGUUGCGUUACUCAAAAGUUAUAUCGACCUAGUAUUCAGGGAUUGCCGCGACGACCUCGCAAAUCCCACUUACACAAAGCAGGCUGGUCUCUUGAUUAUGACGGUCAUAGGGGCAAACAUCAGGGGUUACGUUCUCUAUAACGCCGGAUUGAUCGACACCAUCCGGCAAAAUCUAAGGCAGCCAAAGUCGCCUUCCCAUAAAAGGGAUCUCCUUCUUCUCUUGAACUCUACCCUCAAGACGCGCAUGGAGCUGUCCAAGCAAAGAAAGCAAGGACAUCCCGAGGACGAAGAAACGCUGCGAUCAGAAUCUCGUGCACAUCUGGAGACCUUGUUUCACGAUGCCUACCUCCCGAUAUGGGCUGGCAAAUCCAAAGAAAUGAUCGCGGAGGAAAGCGACGUUCUGAAGCAAGUCAUCCAAGGUUUUGCCCUGCUAGUCAGCCAGCAAGUGUUGCAGUCUGAUGGUCAAGCCGCCCUCCUGUACCCUACUCCGACCUGUUCCGAGAUUUGCUCGCUGCUAUCUCUAACACUUACCAACGGCUUGGCUCUGAGCUCUAAUGACAGCAAUGCUGGCGAGCCAGAUCUCGAGGACGAGGCAGUUUUGGCCUUGCGAAACAUCGUCAUGAGUUACAGAUAUGGCUACGAGGAGAUCUCGGGCAGAGUGACAGCGGAGAUCAGGAAGCGGGACUGGGCCAGCCCGUCUGCGUACUCACUUAACGCACUGAAAGAUCUUCUUUCGCGUUUUACCUUCAUUGGGUGCUCCGAGAUCCCCUCGAAAAUUGCAACGAACCCACCUUCUCAGCAACCGUUCUCACCGCUUCAGCAUUUUCUCACUCUCACUGCAAGUCUCUUGGAACUAUUCCCCCUCUCCUCUCGGCUUUCGACUCCACAUUCUACUGGCAAUCUUGAAGAGGGCCUCGCAAAUGCUCACAUAGUGUCCUCGCUGCACGCAUCACUCCUGUGGUUCCUGGAAGCUUGUGAAGCGAAAUAUGGCCGGGAAGCACUCGCCUCCUACUCCUCGAGUGACCAAAACUGGCUUGAGCAAUUCCAGCAUCUACCUGAUGACUGGCUGAUACAGAUUCGUCGAGGGGACGCAGAUUUGCUUGGAACACUAGUCUCUUUACAGCAGGAUGAUCCAGAGGUCUAUCGUCAGUUUCUAAAACUUAGUCUAUUCAAUGUGCGGUAUCUCUUCCGAGCUGCCUCCGCAGGGUCACGACAAACAUGGAGCGAGAGAGCCCUUGCGCUGCUGUCACAAAUGUCGGCAUUAGUUGUACGGAGCCUGAGCGAGGAGUUGCAAGUUUCCUGCAAUCUGGCUCAUGAGGCAUUCAACUUCUUCGCUGGUCCAGCUGAGGACUCUAAGAGGAGCGCUUCGGAUAUCCAAACUGGGAUACUGACCGUCGGAAUCCUCCAAGGGUUACGGCCAAGGGCAUUAGCUGGAUUGUAUCAGGGAGUCGGCGUUGCAGAAAAGCACAUGUGUGACACGUCCGGAUUCGGCACCUCUCCUUCCCAAGAAAGCAGUGUCCGUGCAGCUAUCGGUGUGAUACUUGCCAACAAAUAUCAGGGCGUGUCUGAUCCUGAGACUUCAAUGAUGAAACGAGUGCUGGACUUCUGGGCCAACUGGUACACGGAAGCGACCGCUUCAGCGCCCAUUAACUCGGAAGCCUUCAGCUUCCACAACACAGUUGCCAUGAACGUCAUUGCCGGAGCCGUGGCACGGCAGGACAGGAACGUGAUUAGCGUGAUUCCGGCUCUGCAACGAGCAGCAGCGAGCCAGCACGCCAACGGCGAAAUUGUUGCCAGAUCUAUGGGCAUCCUCCUUCAACACAACAAUCUUCUCACUCAGGAGAACCAUGCGGUGGUCAAGCGGUUCUAUAAGCAGUGGGCUUACAGCCAUCUGGCCAAGCCACUCUAUGAAGAUGCUCUCCCUGGGGGGAAGGACAACCACACAGCGAACAGGUAUCGCGUUGUGAUCCUAUCGGUGGUCAGCAACUGCCCGUUUACAGUCUACCAGGACGAUCUGGAACCCCUCAUUAGGCUACUGGUCACUGCGCUGAGCGAUCGUGGCGCGCUUUCGGAGGGGGUUUCUUGGACACAGGUGACCUCGGCGCUCCAGAUCCUGGUUGAGAUCCUGACGAAUGAGCCGGACGCGCUUAAGGGUCAUUUGCGGGAGAUAAUAGGGCGGACCACGAAAGUUUACGAGGAGUGCUGCCAGAAGAAGGCGGGCUUGGCAGCCACCCUCGCGACGUGCCGUAACCUGGCUCUUCAAGUGUUGGGGGCGAUCCCGACUAAGUUCGAAGAGCGGUAUACGCUUCCACAUGCGCCGCCCAUGCAACGCAUGCUGGCAGUUGCUUGUGGGGAUCCUGUCCGGAAAGUGCGCGAAGUCGCACGCAAGGCGAGAAGUAAUUGGGCCAAGGUGGUUUAAUGACUCGCCCCCAGGUCCUUCCGCGUCCAGAUCACGGAAUCCAGGAAGUUGCACUCGCAAAGGCAUAUAGAGGAUUUGGGGUGAUGAAGACAAGGGCCGAUUUUCAAUACCAGGCCUUUUGAAUAUUUCCUCAAACAGCAAAUGACUCCCUUGUCUUUGACUCCCAUCAU